CAAGCAGUCUGACGUAACCAGAAUCCUAAAGAUGGCGGCGUUAGUUGCGCCUCGUCUGGCCUUGUUUGGCUGCUUUUCAACAAGGCCUAUCUCAGUGUUUGCUGUUCAUCAGAGGAAUCUGCACAACAGUGCAAAAAGCGGGAAUACCACCACGAGCGUGGUUCCAGUCAGAGAGAGGAGCACGGCGGUGGCAGCAGCCAAACCAGCAGCUGUAGCCAGCAGCAAGGGGGAGUAUGCCAUCACUAAGCUGGACGACUUGAUUAACUGGGCACGCAGGAGCUCCUUGUGGCCCAUGACCUUCGGCCUGGCAUGCUGCGCGGUGGAGAUGAUGCACAUGGCGGCGCCUCGUUAUGACAUGGACCGCUUCGGUGUGGUGUUCAGAGCAAGUCCCCGACAAGCUGAUGUCAUGAUUGUGGCGGGGACGCUGACCAAUAAGAUGGCUCCGGCUCUUAGAAAGGUGUACGACCAGAUGCCUGAGCCAAGAUACGUAAUUUCAAUGGGAAGCUGUGCUAAUGGAGGAGGCUACUACCACUACUCCUACUCUGUGGUCAGAGGUUGUGACCGAAUCGUACCGGUGGACAUUUAUGUUCCAGGUUGUCCCCCCACUGCGGAGGCUCUGCUCUACGGGACUUUACAGCUGCAGAAGAAAAUCAAACGUGAGAAGAAGUUGAAGAUCUGGUAUCGAAAGUGAAUGUGUUAUGUGUGCGCUUGUAUGUAAAUGUUGUUUUUUUUGGGUUUCAUUUGGAGUGCUGCUCCUCCUCCAUGUAAAGCUGCAGGAUCUUACCUGAAUAAAACCAUUAUUGUAAUUUA